AUGACAGAUUUGACUGUGCAAAAUCUCUCAGUUGAAUCAGUGAAUUAUAAAACACUUGCGAACUUUAAUUUCUCAUGUGUGAGACAGCUUGGUGUUACUUCAUGCUCCUGCAUACGGCCGGCACCACAAUCAAGAGGUCAUUUAAAAACAAAUGACUCACAAUUUUGCGCACACGCCACAAGUUUUCGUGAUUUAUUCAAUCCAAUCGCAGUACCGAAGGAAAAAGUUUCUUCAAAACGAAGAAACAAGAAUAUUCUGAAAGAUAAUGCUCUUAAGUUGACUAAAUGGUUGUGCGAAAUAUUUUUACUUUCAAGACUGCUUAAUCAUGAGGCACAAGCGUCAGGCCUAACAUCUGACAAAACUUUUUCCAAGAUAUUUCAUCCUUGUUUAAAAAUUGUCUUGCCUCCUUCAGGAGGUCUUUCUGUGGACGCCAAUCAACAAUUUGCAAUGCUUCUUUCCAAAUGCCUAAUUUGUACCAAUACUUGA